GUCAGGAAGCAUUGUUCGACUAUUUUUACAGGAGAAAAAAAUCACAAUUCGAUCUAUUCCUUUUUUGAAUAUUUUGCGAAAUUGUUUUUUUUACGACAAAACAAUUUUCGCAGAAAAGGAAAAGCUACCGGAAUACUUUAAGGAAAGAAAUUUGUCAUUGAAUCUAAUAUUAAAAUCUAUUAAGUUUGUUGAUGUGCAAGUUUUAAAAUUUCCCUUUGCGGAUGUUUUAGUAAAAGUUAAUUUGCAAUAAAAUUUAAUUUCUUCAUACUAGUAAUAAACUAUUUCUAGGUUUUGGCAAAGUUAUUAUUUUCAACAUUGGCCGUGAAAAUUUUUUGCUCUAUUUUUGGUGGUGUGGUAAUGAGCUUUUGACUAAAGUCGCAAGUACACCAUUAGUCUUUAUAGCUCGUAGAUUCGCGGUACACUACGUAAACUAUCAAGAUAGAAAGCUCGAUCAAGUACUAAUAGCCUAAUAACAUUACAAAUUAUCAUUACACUUUCUUCUUUACUUAUGGGUCUUCAUCGCAACUGUAAGCAAUGCCGUGCCAGUUUUUCUUCCGAGACGAAGUUUCAGCAGCAUUACGAUUAUAAUCAUCGUAAUGUUGUACGUGCUCCUACUCUGGGAAAAACGGGCUCUGAUGUUGUUGAGUUACGUAGAGUUAACGGGGUGUUCACUUGCAUUAACGGGUGUCCUUUCAGAUGCCGAAGUGCAAAAACAUUCAAGCAGCAUAUUACUACAUGUUGCCACGUUACUCCCUGUAGAUCUUUAAAAAAAAUAAAAAAAAACGAUUUCAAAUUAACUACAACACUACAAAAUUCGGAUAGCUGGAAGGCUGUUGAUGUGAGCUUUACUUCAACUUACUGGUUUAACACACCAACAGCUGGAUCCGAUGCGUGGGAAUCAGUGCGAAAGCUGGUUCCCAUGCUUAUUUACGUCACCGGCGCAUGGGGCCUGCAUUUGCUCAUCUGCCGCAGGUGUGUGGUGGCAUUGGAAAAGGAUGACGUCAUUGAUCAUCUAUACCGAUGCCAUCGAAAGACCGUCGAUAAGCUUGAUGACAAGUUUUUCGACAAGCUGAAUGAUGCCUUGGAGCUUAUGGUGGUUCAUUCCGCUAAAGCAUUCAAAAGGUUCAUUAAUCUGUCAGGAUCCAAUCCUAACGAUCGUUAGUCCUCACUACGUUAUAUUGUUAGCAACCGCAACGUCGCUAAGCUACGAACAAGGGGCUGCACUACAGUACCGUAUAGGAGUUGUGCGUAUACCUCAGAGCCUAGCUCCACCAGAACGAACGCACAACAAUCCUCUAGUUUUAGUAUAGAUUAAAAUAUUAUUCUAACUAAUAAAUCUGUUGAACCUUGACGUAGAUACUGGCCACUGACAGAUAUUUGCUCGAUAAUGUUGUAAAUUUUAAUGUAGUAGACUAAACAAUAUUAUGCAAUUCUCCCUCUAUCCUUUGGCCUUCCAAAGUGUUCCAGACUCUUCUACGUGUGUUCCAAGGACGU